AGGAGCUCGUUAUUGAGCAUAAUCCUUUGAAGACUGCCUCUGACAAGUACAAAGUCGAGGCUCAACUUCCGUAAAACGCAUGACACUUCAUCAAGCAACCGCUUCAAAGAGUACUAAAUGCCACGUGGAGGAAUGCUAAAAAUUUCGUCUUUGUUGAAUACUUUGAGGCUUCAUUUACAGCCCAGAAACAUCGCCCAGCAACCAUGAAGACUGUUUUAAUGGUAGCAGAGAAGCCUUCUCUGGCGCAGUCCAUCGCAAAGUUUCUCUCCAAGGGCCAGAUGACCACCCGGAAGGGACUAAAUGGAGCUUGUUCUGUACACGAGUACACGGGACAGUUCAACAAAGAGCCGGCGAGAUUUAAAAUGACCUCUGUGUGCGGCCAUGUAAUGACCUUGGAUUUCCAUCACAAGUUCAACAACUGGGACGCUGUUAAUCCUCAAGAGCUCUUCACGGCUACGACUUUGAAGAAAGAAGCCAAUGAGAAGCUGCAGAUGCCAAAAUUUUUGCAGCAUGAGGGCAAGGGGGUUGACUUCAUUGUUCUCUGGCUUGAUUGUGAUAAGGAAGGAGAAAACAUCUGUUUUGAGGUGCUGGAUUGCGUCAGGCCUGUCAUGAACAAGAGAUCAGGAGGCAAGACUGUCUUCCGUGCCAAGUUUUCUGCAAUCACUGAAACUGACAUUUGUGGUGCUAUGCAUCGCCUCAGUGAACCCAACAAGAAUGAGGCAAGAUCUGUUGAUGCCAGGCAAGAACUGGACUUGAGGAUUGGUUGUGCAUUUACAAGAUUUCAGACUAAAUACUUCCAGGGUAAAUAUGGUGACCUGGAUAGUGCGUUGAUAUCUUAUGGUCCCUGCCAGACACCCACUCUUGGAUUUUGUGUGGAACGCCAUGACCAGAUACAGUCAUUUAAACCUGAACCGUACUGGGUUCUCAAGCCCCAGGUACUCCACCCUAGUGGUCAAACAAUGCACCUUGAGUGGGACAGGGGUAGAUUGUUUGACAAAGAGGUGGCUGUCAUGUUUCAAAGAACUGUCAAAUCAUCACGAACGGCAACUGUGAUUGGUGUUUCCAAAAAAGAGAAAGCCAAGCAAAGGCCCAUGGCGCUAAACACUAUUGAAAUGUUGCGUAUGGCAUCUUCAGGGCUCAACAUGGGUCCACAGCACUGUAUGCAGAUAGCUGAGAAGCUCUACACACAAGGGUACAUAAGCUACCCUAGGACUGAAACAACUCAUUAUCCAGAGAAUUUUGAUCUCAACGGAACUCUCCGACAGCAGCAAACAAACCCCAGCUGGAGCUCAUCAGUCCAAGAACUUCUGAAAAUGGGGAUCAACAAGCCUAGAAAGGGGCAUGACGCUGGUGACCAUCCACCCAUAACACCCAUGAGACCAGCAAGUGAAGCUGAGCUUGGAGGUGAUGCAUGGAGACUGUAUGAGUUUAUCACAAGAUCUUUCAUAGCAAGUAUCAGCUAUGACUGCAAAUACUUGCAAACAACAGUGAAAUUCACUGUUGAUCAAGAGACUUUUUCUUUCACUGGUAAAACUGUCACCAGCCCAGGUUUCACUUCUGUCAUGCACUGGCAGGCAAUUUCCAGUGAUGAACGCAUGCCACAUUGCCAACAGAAUGAUGCGUACGAAAUUGCUGAAGUGAAACUUGAGGAGCGACAAACAUCACCGCCUGAUUAUCUCACAGAGAGUGAGCUGAUUUCCUUGAUGGAAAAGCAUGGGAUUGGCACAGAUGCUAGCAUUUCAGUUCACAUCAAUAAUAUUUGUGAGAGGAACUAUGUGCAAGUGAUGAGUGGUCGAAAGCUUCAGCCAACACCACUUGGAAUUGUGCUAGUGCAUGGUUACCAGAAGAUCGAUCCACAGCUUGUCCUUCCAACUAUGCGAUCUGCUGUUGAACAGCAACUCAACCUAAUUGCUCUUGGCAAAGCCGAAUUUGACUCUGUUUUGCAACAUGCCCUUGGUAUCUUCACCAGGAAGUUUAUUUAUUUUGUACAGACUGUCACAAGCAUGGAUGAACUGUUUGAGGUGUCAUUUACUCCGCUAAAAGACACUGGAAAACCUUUGUCAAGGUGCGGGAAAUGUAACCGGUAUAUGAAGUACAUCAAUGCUAAGCCAACUCGGUUGCACUGUGCUCAGUGCGACGAGACUUACAGCCUUCCACAGAAUGGUAGCAUCAAACUCUACAAAGAACUAAAGUGUCCCUUGGAUGAGUUUGAGUUAGUGUUGUGGUCCACUGGUGGAAAGGGAAAGAGUACCCCAGUCUGCCCUUACUGCUACAACCACCCACCCUUCCCCGAAAUGCGGAAAGGCAUGGGUUGUAAUCAGUGCACUCACCCAACCUGUUCCCAUUCUGAGGUAAGUCUUGGCAUUGCAGAUUGCACUGAGUGCGAUGAUGGAAGCCUUGUACUUGAUCCAACAUCAGCGCCUAAAUGGAGACUUGCAUGUAACAAGUGCAAUCUUGUAGUGCAUGUUUUUGAGGAUGCAUUCCGAGUGAGUGCCACUGAUCAAGAGUGUGAUUGUGGGACAACUCUUCUGAAUGUUGAUUUCAACCGUACCAAGUCACCAUUGCCCGAUGAUAAAACUCAACAUCUAGGAUGCCUUUUCUGUGAUCCACUUCUCGCACCACUGGUCAAAAUGUCGCAUGCGGCAUCAAGGCAUCCAAUGUACAGAGGUGGGCGAGGCAGAGGAGGAAGACGAGGUAGAGGCAGCAGAAGAGGAAAAGGUAGAGGAAGGCCAAAGGACAAGAUGUCCCAACUCGCUUCUUACUUUGUGUAACGUCUUAAAUCUUACUUAAGAAUAUCUUUGUGGUUUAUUUAAGUUUGUAUAUUAUGUAAGCUUAAGGCAGAGAUACCAAGUACUCUAUGGUCGAAAUAUAGUUUACAAUGUACAGGGUAAGCUAGCAAAUCUGUCACAGUAAGAAUGACUGAAGCAUUGUCCUUAAAAAAUGGUGGUUAAUAUUUUAACUUAAUGGUGGGUUAGAUUCUGUGAUCUUGUUUCACAUGUUCAAAUGAAAAAUGCAAAUUAUGGAAGGAAACCUCCAUGAAAUAUAAUUAUCAUGUAACACAAUAAUUCGAUAUCUCUUGCUUGGAAAUCUCUUUGUUUGCAAUAUAAAAUGAUAAUAUUUAGAGGUGAUCAAAAUAUAGAACAGUCUGCAUGUAAUGGAAAAUUUAAUGCUUCCCUUGAUUUAGAGGCCAUGGUUGAAUGAUCAGGGUUUUUUUAUAUAUAUUCAGUAUCAGUUUUGAAAUUUGAAUCAAAGAAUCAACACCAAACCUUUUUUAUCCAGUCAUGUAGAUCCAAAGAAGAUGAUUUGAUUUCUUUGAAAACUGAGAAGCAUAUAUACUGGUAGUUUGAAUUAUAAUUAUUUAUUGUUCAAUAGAGCAGGGGGGUUAAACCAUUGUACCAACAAUAGGGGUUCUUUCUUAGUGAAAUUGUGGUAUGAUAGUCAAAGAGAAUGAUAGUAUCAAAAUAUGAAAUAUGAAAUAUUAUUAUAAUGAGCAUUCCAUUGUUGGUUCAAAUCAACUAUUAGUAAUUAUGUUUAUUAGGUUAUGUAAGAAUAUAAUUUGAAUUACAAGUCAGAAUUUUGAAUGGAUGAGCACUAUGUAGUUGAGAUAUGAGUUAGCUCACAAACUUUGUGAACAAAUGCAAUGUAACAGACAUAAUUUUCACGUAGGCUGUCAAAUGUUAUCAAAGAAGAUGUCCAUGAAACUUAUUAAUGUGUAAUAGUGUUUAACGAAACUCUUUAAAUACCUUUGGAUUUAAGUGCACACGGCAUAUUCCAGGUUAGUUAGGAAAAUUGGCAUAUGCAGUAACUUGAUAAGAUGACUCAAUAUUCUUUAAUAUUAUUAAUUUUAUAGCCCAGUAAAUAUAUAUACUCGGUUCUUAAAGAGAUCUUUCAUUGUAAUUUCCUGAGGAAGUAAUAUAAAAUAUUGUAAUCUAUGUACACAAAUAUGCUUUGAGUUCAUGUUCUCUUUUAAAAUACACAAAUAAGCAAUCAAAGAAUGGACUGAUGUCCCUGAACUAAAGGAAAAAAAUUAUUUGUAGUUGUUGUUUUUAUUUUUGUUCAAGUGUUGCUGUGUAUUUGAAGAUUUUAUCACAAAAUAUGUAAAAUAAAUUAAACAUAAGGGAAAUUUUCUAUGCUAUUAAACUUAUUUAAAAUUUAUUUAAGUUAUUGCAUUAUGUAAUUUCUACCAGUCAGUAUUAAUUUUGCAGUUUAUAGUACAUAUUGAAUGUGAAUAGUACAUUUUCAAUCACUGAUGGUGAUAGUAACUCAAGUCUGAGGAAAUUGGUAGUUUUUUGUCAUAAGGAAAGAUUAUAUAGUAAUGAUUAGUUACAUUGACAGUUCAACUUUAUUGAUAAUCAAUAAAGUUCAAACUUGUUUGUUGCGCUCAUUGUUUCCUCACUAAACCGUACAUGGUAACAAAAUGGAAUUUUUGCAUUUUGGCAGGGUAGACUAGAGGGUCUAGUGGAUUGGGAUGUUGGAAUCCCAGUAAACAGCCAAAGUUUUGGUGAUUUCUGAGCUAUCAGUUAAAUUCCAGUCAUCACUUGUCCACUGAAGGUUAAAAUUUUGACCAAUUCUCAGCCAUCAGAUAAACCCAACCCAGACCCUCAGAUUAGUGCACCUGUGUAGUGAGACUUUUAGCCUUUAGUCUACCUUUCACCACUUCUGUUAUCAAAUUGUUAUUGUGUGGUACCAGAAAAAUACCCUUGUGAUUAGCCUUAUUGAAGAGAAAGCUUGUUUACGUGUUUAUGCAGACCGGGCUUAGAGGAGUGGGGGGUGCUACCUUUGUACAUAUAUGUAUACCUUACCUAUAACUACUCCCUCAUACUUCCAUAUCUACCUCUAUUCAAAAUCUUUGUUUGUAAGGGAAGGAUCGUACUAUCUAGGCCCUCCCCCACUUAGCUGUAGAAUCUUUUCCAGUGAAUUCAUAGUUUAACAAACCUGAAUAGUUGAUUUUUGGAGGAAAGCGGGACAAAACUAAUAUACCUGCAAAAAGAAGUUAAUUUUCACACUGUACUCAGAGCCGGGGGGUUACUCCCUUAGAUGGGUUAUAUAGGUAUGU